CAUUGAUUGGUUAUCGAUUGUUUCAUAUGACGUCACGGGCACGCCGUUGAGAAUUUCAUGGGACUGUUAUAGGGUCGUCGAAUAUUUGGAUAACUCGCAUUUGGCUUGUGAAACUUAAGAUUUCUCAUUGCAAUCAAUGAAUAGUUACCACUUGCUUCUGUCAAAAUACUUUGGUAAACCAUUUAUGGAGUUCUUGAAAGACAGUGCUGAAUGGUGCAAGGCUCAACAUGUAGAAUAGCUUUCUGUUUUAAUCACAUCCAAAGAAGCAUUUCAGUUCACGAUUCCUUUCUCAUGGGCUGAUGUUUGGAGUAUUAGGAUCUCAAGAAUCGUUUUGUACAUUUUCAUAACAUAAGUAACCAAGGUGGCAAUAAGAGGCCAGUCUUUCAUUAAGCGUUGCUUCCAAAUUUGGAUUUGAGCAUUUCAACAUCCACUUAUGGCCAUAGUAGAGAUGGCCUCUCCAGGAUUUCAGAAGAUUCCUGAUUUUGGCCAUGCAUUGGUGGAAUUCAAAAAUAUGAGAUUUCUUAUCAUGGAUCGACCUUCCAAGGCAAACAUUGCACUUUUUGUUGAUGAAUUGAAAAAAUGUGGUGUGCAUGAAGUUGUCAGAGUAUGUGAACCAACAUAUGCUAGAGAAGUUUUGGACAAGGAAGGGAUAACACUUCUAGACUGGUUCUUUGAUGAUGGAGCUGCACCCCCUAGAGAAGUGGUUGAGAGCUGGCUGCAUCUGUUGAAAGAAAGGUUUUCAAAAGACCCUGGAACAACAAUUGCAAUUCACUGUGUUGCUGGCCUUGGAAGGGCUCCUGUGCUUGUCGCUUUGGCUCUUAUUGAAAGUGGUAUGAAGUAUGAAGAUGCUGUUGAAUUUAUUCGUAAGAAGAGAAGGGGUGCCAUCAACAGCAAACAACUGGAGUAUUUGGAAAAGUAUAAACCAUCAAAAGUCCUGAAAGGAAAGGAUAGAAACCAAGCUUGCUGCAUACAGUGACUUGUAGUAACUCUUAUGAACUUUUUCAUCUAUCUUUUGAGAUGCAUAUUUUUGUAUAAUGAUUUCUGUAGUUUACCAUAUAAAUUAUUUAUUUGGAAAAAUCUCAAAAGUGGCAGCUAUAGCUUCAUUACAUGAGUAGAAUAUCAUUUGAAUUAGCUUGUAUCCAUCCCUGUUGAUUACUGCUUUCCACACAAUUUGAUCGUAGGCUUUCUCAUAUUCUGUGAAUUAUUACAGCUGUUUCAAAGUAUUUUCUCUUUGGUCUUAAUUGAUGAAUUUAGGUCUAAUAAUCAGAACUAACAUCACAAAAUUCCAGUGCAAAAUCCAUUAAAUGUGUUGCAAAUUAGGUGAGAAAUGGUCACCACAUAAGUACAGGUUCUUAACCCAUAAUAUCCCAAGAAUAUGGUCUUACCAAGCUAAAUAUUUUAAACAGUAAUCUGUUGUUACAGUUUUUGGCGAUAUCUCAUCUGAUGUUUGACUUAUUUAACUGACUUUCGCUGUCAGAAGUUUUUCAUGAUGUUUGUCCUGGUUACGUGUUCAAAAUUUGAAAGUCCUAAAGAUAAAAUUUUUGUGCCGCUGAAAAACUCUACUACCCCCGGACUAGCUUAAAAGCAAACUAGGAAUGCUCCUUUGAUGUUUGAAGUUUCCUAUUUUCACUUUUAAUUAAUGUGUUAUUUGCCAAAACAUCUCAGUUUGCUCUGUCGGUUAUGUCAGACUGUGUUAAGUAAGCGUGUCUGUCAGCUAUAUUUUGCUGUGUGACUGGCAUUACAGUAUUUGCCAAAUAAAUUAUUUGGUGCACGUUGCUGCUUCAUAUCAAUAUAAUCAUCUAAAAGAGCGUUUUCCUUCAAGUGCAGGUAAAACGUUGUAAAUUUCAACUGUAUUAUUUGAUAGCCUCUUUCCUUAGGUAUUCUAAGCUAUGAAAGUAGCAUUUAUAAACGUUACUUAGUGUAUUGUUGGCCAGUUGAUGCUAAAUACGAAGGAUGGAAAAUUUUUAUCAUCCUCUUUGUUCGGAUGCAUGCAGGGUUAGAGAGUUUUAAUGUUUUAAAAUUUGUAUUGGGUAAAUACAUUUCAUGUCAAUAUACUAAUUUGCUUCUAUAUGCUGUGUAUACAAAA